UUCCCGAGCCCGAGCCGGGGAGCGGGCGGGCGCCGGAGCGCGAGCGCGGCGAGCGGGAUGGUGCUUUGAGUGAAUGACCCUCUUGGAGAAGGUACUUCUGUGCUGCCAGCCAGCAACCAGGGAGCAGAGGAACCUGCAGGUCCAGGGCCCUCAGGGCCUCCUCUACACAGGAAGACUGGUCUUCCUCAGGACUUCCAGAAGCUACCUCAUGCUUGGAGGAUCGUGCUAGCCAUGGCCCUUCUACUUGGCAUCCUACUGCUGCUGGGGCUCUAUACAAAGACCAUUUCCGGAGGGCAGCCUGUGUCCACAUCCUCUCCUGGAGCUUUCGAUUAUGAGUUGCCCCCGAUCAAGUAUGAGACACAAGACAACUAUGAAGCUGGGCCUAUCAGUUUCCUUUUCCAAGUGGUGGGUCUCUUCCUUCAUGUGGUGCAGCCCCACGAUUUCCCAGUCGAUUACCUCAGAGAAAUCCUCGAGAAGAAAUCUGAGUCUUCAGUUGACUAUCAGAAGAUUGCCUACUACGAAAUCGGCAUUAUUAUAUGCGCGAUCCUGGGCCUGCUGUUUGUUAUUCUGAUGCCUCUUGUGGGGCUUUUCUUCUGUAUGUGUCGCUGCUGUGGCAAAUGUGGGGGGGAAAUGCACCAGCGGCAGAAGGAAAGCGGAGGCUACCAGAGGAGGUGCUUUGCACUCUCCCUGUUGGUGAUUUGUUUUCUCAUCAGCUUUGGCAUCUUCUGUGGCUUUGUGGCCAACGUGCACAUCCAAACCUGGAUGAACAAUACUGAGAGACUGGCCAGCAGCAAUUUUAAAGACUUGCACACGUUCCUGACUGAAACGCCAAAGCAAAUCGACUUUAUCGUGGCUCAGUAUACCACCGUCAGGGACCGGUCCUUCUCAGAUCUGGACAGAGUUGAUUCCAUGCUGGGAGGUGCGAUUCUUGAGCAGCUGAAACCUGAAGUGGUCCCGGUUCUGGAUAACGUCAAAGCUAUGGCGACAGCUAUGAGAGAGACCAGGGAGGCCCUGGAGGACAUGAAAAACAGCUUGCGGAGCCUGAGUAGCGGGAGUUCCCUGCUUAACAACAGCCUGGCCAAUGUGAAAGACAGCAUCCAGGACUCCCUGGACAGCAACGACUGCUCUUCAGCGCAAGCCCAGGAAACCUGUGAGCGCAUCAGGUCCUCUCUAAGAGAUCUGGAGAACACCCCCGAGUGGGAUCAGCUCCCAUCUGUGGAUCAGAAACUUAGCAGUGUGAAUGAGAUUCUUAAAACCAAUUUGGAUGAGUUAGUCUCACAGGGAUCUAGAUCCUUGGAGGAGAUACCCCACACGAUAAAAAACCAAACCACGCGUGCCAUAGAAGAUGUUAAAUCGGUCUUGAAUUCCGUUGGCCACAACAUUGACAGUGUUUCCCAACAGCUUCCUAUUCAGAACAUGCUGUCAUCUUUCGUAGAUUCCCUUAACAAUGCGGAGUCCCAUUUCUACCAUUAUAAGUCCUACAUGGAAAAGUAUGAUCCUUCCUGGUGGUUGAGCAGCUUGGUCAUCUGCUUCCUGGUGAGCCUCAUCGUGAUGUUUUAUUACCUGGGCUUGCUGUGUGGCGUCUGUGGCUAUGACAGGAAAGCCACCCCGACCACCAGAGGCUGCGUGUCUAACACGGGAGGCGUCUUCCUCAUGACUGGAGUUGGAUUAAGUUUCCUCUUUUGCUGGAUAUUGAUGUUCCUUGUAACUUUUACUUUUGUCAUUGGAGCAAAUAUGGAAAAAUUGGUCUGUGAACCUUAUGCAAACAAGAAGUUUUUCGAGGUUUUGGACACCCCCUACUUACUAAAUAAGGAUUGGAAAUACUAUCUUUCUGGCAUGAUACUCGGUCACUCCGAUACUGAGCUCACUUUUGAACAAGUUUACAGUGCUUGCAAAAAUGAUAAAGGCGUUUAUACUGCACUUAAGCUGCAGAAAACCUUCAACAUUCGAGAUCAUCUCAACAUCCAGCAGCAUACUGGAAACAUUGUGAACAAAUUUGAAAAUAUGAAAUUCCAGCUUGGUAGCAUCACAUUGCUGGAUGAUGCAGGAAGAACAAAUCUCCAGGAGUUUGCUGCAAGUGGGGUAGACCAGAUAGAUUUUGACACCUACCUGGCUCAGGCUAAUAAAUCCACUGUAAAAGUGGAUCUUUUAGGAUUUGCCUCUAAACUAGAAGAAGAUGCAAACAAGUUGUCCUCAGGAAGUUUGAGGCAGUCCCUAAAAACAGAUGCACAAACCAUUAGAAGGAUUCACCAGCAACAAGUCCUGCCCAUGGAACAGUCACUGAGCACUUUACAGCAAAGCAUCAAGAUGCUUCAACGCACCACCAAUGAAUUGCAGAAUAAAGUGGCCGAGAUCCUUUUCUCAUUGGAUUCUGCUCAGAACUUCAUCACAAAUAAUAUAUCCUCUAUUAUUGCUCAAGAGACGAAGCAAUUUGUAAGAACAAUAACAGGAUACUUUGAACAUUACCUGCAAUGGGUGGAGGUCACUCUCUCGGAGAAAAUGGCAUCAUGUAAACCCGUCACCAGGGCCCUGGAUUCUGCUAUCAGCGUCUUUCUGUGUAGCUACACCGUGGACCCUCUGAAUUUGUUCUGGUUUGGCAUAGGAAAAGCAACUGUGCUUUUACUCCCGGCUCUCAUCUUGGCUGUCAAGUUGGCCAAGUACUAUCGCCAAAUGCAUUCAGAGGACAUUUAUGACAAUGUUGAGACUGUACCCAUGAAAAAUAUGGAAAAUGGUAAUAAUGGUUAUCAUAAAGAUCAUUUAUAUGGUGUUCACAAUCCUGUUAUGCAAGCCGGGUACGAUAUUGACAGCUGGAGCUGAAGUCACUUGAGCACCAAGCCAGUCAAAACGGGAAGGACCAAAGAUGCGUGACAGUUUCUGAGCCUACAAGGACUUUCCAAAGCAAUGGGAUGUAUGGGGCCAACAUGGCGGCUUGGGUAUAUGGAGCAUGUAGCACCAUUGGUCGCUGGGUGGUACUUGGUUGGGAAUAAACACAGUCAUGUGUGUGGUUCUCAUUUCUAUCACUGUUCAAGGAUCAUUGCCCCUGUCAAUUUUUUUUUCACUUUUCUACACCGAAUUUCUACUUAGUAAGAUAAAUGAGGUGGUCAUUCCCCCAACCCCUCCCCCAUUGGAUGUAUUUCUGUCCGUCAGCUCUUCAGAUGUAAUAGCUGGGCUCUGAACUUACUUCCAUAUGUGGAGUGUGCUAAACAUAUCCCGGUUUACAGGAUUUAUUGUGUAUAGUAAAUUGUAAUAUUCCUUCUACCACAGUCAGAUGAGUUUACAAGUGAGUUGUGCUAUAAAUUUUCUUCUCAGUGAGCUUACUGUCAGGCCAGAAUGGGAUUAUUGGUUCUGUUGGAAAUAAUCUGUUCCUUGAACCCUGAGGCAUACUGUCCUCCUCCUGGAUUUUUAUCUGCUUUGUCAAUGAUUUGUUGUGUUUGGAAGUGGAAUGCAAAAUGCAGUCAGGAACCUGCUCUUGCUAGUAGAGACACUGGUGUUACUCCACCAGCAAAUCCAACACUGAGAGGCAUCUCGAGAGAAAGCAGUGUUGUUCAUCAGAAACUGCAGUUAUUUUAAUAGAUGCCAAUCACAGUGAAGGGAUAAGCAUUAAGCAAAGCAUCAUCUUUAGUGAAGAUGCUAACAAGAUGAUCUUGUCAUGACCCCUUGAUUUGCUAUUCAAUAUGAAUGAAGGCUUUGAGUUUGGUCCUUAAAAACACAGGAAAUCUCAGCGUCAGUGCUGUGCAUUUUUCAUGUUGGGAUUGACCUUUUCAAAGGUGAUCAGCAAUGAAGAACUGGUAGAAUCAAAGUCAGUAUUUACCAGGUGUUUUUCAUGUGCAGAUCACAGUCCUGGUUUGUUUCAAUAA